AUGAAUUUAGUAAAAGGGGCCAAAAACAAAGCGCAGAAACAUUCGCAAAACAAACAUGGAAAUAACAAUACAAAAUGUAAGAAAAUUUUCAGUGCACACAGAAUUAAGCAGUUAGCUAAGGAUAAGAAAUUGUUGGAUGAUGCUUUGUUAGAUUGCUAUGGAAGGUUCAUAGCUUUACUUCCCGAAUUCCUACUGAAGGAUCAUGUGCACUUGUACUUUCAAAUUCAAGAGGCAUACUGGUGGUACGAUGAUAUGUGGCAGGAAAAACACCCAGACAAGUUACCAAAAUUAAGUUUAAAAACAUUUGGUUAUUUAAUAUGUGAUGAUUGUCCAAUAUUAAAAAAAUAUGUCCCACCGUCAGCUCAUGAGAAGUUCUCCCUAAAUUGGAGAAGAUAUUGCAGAACUAUACCGCUGAGAGGUGCAAUUCUUUUAAAUCAUAAUUUAAAGAAAUGUCUAUUGGUUAAGGGUUGGAGUACGGAUAGCUGGUCCUUUCCAAAGGGGAAGGUCGACGAAUUGGAAGAAGACUCCGUCUGUGCGUGUAGAGAAAUUUAUGAAGAAAUAGGAAUAGACAUAUUCCCAUACAUCGACGAGAAGGUUUUUAUCGAAACGCAUAUAGAAGAUCAGCCCAUCAAGUUGUUCAUAGUACCAGGGGUAAAGGAAGAAACGAAAUUUCAGCCAAAAACAAGAAAAGAAAUUGGAGCCAUUCGGUGGUUUGAAAUAGAAAAACUUUUUCAACAUAUAAAUUUAAAAAAUAAAAAAAGUAUCCUGUUUGAAAGUAAGAAGGAGCGCAUUAACGAAUGGUUCGUUGGUCGCUUUAUUCCCAAUUUAGUCAAAUGGAUCGAAGUGUUAAGAAGAAGUGUGCCUGCAAAGGAUCUGAAAGGAGGAAGCUCCUUCGUAUCAGGCAGCAUACAAGCGUAUAAAUAUCAAAUAAGUGGGCUUGACCAGUCUGUUAUUAAAAAGCUUCAAAAGGUUAAUUUGAAAUCGAAGGAGAUAAUAAAUAUCGGUUUGUUCAGAAGCGAUGACGAUUUGGAAGAAUACGACGAUGAGAACAUGGAUGAGGAAGUGAGUGAGGAUGUGAAUGAGGAUGUAAAUGAGGAUGUGAGUGAGGACGUGAAUGAGAAUGAUAACUUACUGCCGAAGGACGUGGACGAAGAGAUGGUCUCCAAGCAGGUCACCACAACGUAUGCUAAUUAUAACAGCGCUAUUAACUUCCCAGGGGUAGAUAAAAAUAGGGGGAGCUUUACCAAUGAGGAGGGUGUUAAGAGCAGCAGAACCUCAAGCAGUGUUAGCAAUAGGAACAUGGACAAAGGAAGCAUCGAACCGACUAGGAACCAGAGUUGCACAAAUUAUUACAACGAGGAAAUAGGUUCUAUAGCAGGCGAGGGAACUGUCUUCGAAGGUUCACCAUUGUACGAUGAUGUGAACAGUAACGAUUCGAAAAAUCCUUUGGACCCCAUGGGGGAGGAAAGCACGUACGUUGUAGAAAGUACAUAUAGUAGGAUGGAGAAAGAACUUAUGGGAAAUAAAAAAGUGUAUGAACAUGUAGAUGACGUCAUUGUGCCGUUGAGGAGGAAAGACAUAUUACUAAGCAGUUCGUUGGACUGUCAUGAUCGAGCCAUUUUAGGAGAACUACCGAAUCAGAACAACUAUAGCAACGAUGUGGGAAAUAAUUACAAGAAUAGCGCGAUGAGAAAUACGCACAACACGAUCAGCUCCAACAGCUGUUGCACCGAAAGGAUGAGUAAUGAGGUGAAAAGAAGCUGUAGUGGCGGAAAUGUUGCGCAGAAGGAUCUGUGUGGAGUGGAGAGUUACCCACCCCCCAUAAGCGAAGUUAGCAGUAGUGCAGUAACAAUCCUCUCCAAACAGAACAGUGUCAGUAUCAAUAGCAGUGGCACUGGUAGCAGUACUAACAACAACAACAACAAUAAUAACAAUAAUAAUAAUAAUAAUAAUAAUAGUAUGGCCUACCAUGGGCCGAACAGCAACAGUGCGUACAAGAAAACGCCCAAUGCGCAUGCUUAUAAUUAUGGGAAGCAUUACGGCGAAUAUGAUUCUGCAGGAGCGAAGGGGUAUCGCUACAGCUUGAACAAGAUGCGAAUGGGAGGACAUUUAUCAGCCCUAAGAUUGAAGGAGGUGGGAUUGAGAAGCUUUGAUGAUCAAGACAUGGAGAAAAGAAAAAAUUUCCACUUGCAAGUUUAUGGCAAAAAGGACAAAUUAAAUUGUGACAAAAAGGAGAUACAAAAUCGAUAUAAAAAAUUAAGUUUGAAGAGUGCAUAUCAUUCUUUAGAUGAUACCUCCGUGUAUUAUGUACCCACAAAGAAUAAAACGCAAGAUGCGUGUAAUGAUAAAACGUUUGGCGAGAACCACACCAACGGAUGGAGCGCCGAAGACAUGUUUAAAUUGAAUGAGGAGAAGUUUGGCAUUCAUUCGACGUACAAUAUAGAGGAAUAUACAACCCCGCUAGUUUAUAAGGAUGAGAAAAUUGGUAGGUAUAAUAAGAGCGCAAAGGUUGAGGAGGGCAUUAGUCCCCACGUUGUAGGUAGCAGUAACAAGCUGGGGGGUGACUACAACAUUAAUAUUAGUGGUUCCACUGAAAGGGGUAACCUGGUUCAUGGGGGGAAAAUAUACAGAAGUAGUAGUGGUAGCAACAAUGACAGGAAUGAAGAUAACCCUAUGGCGCGGUCGAAGGGGGAGUUCCAGAACAAUGCCGGGAAGGGGAACCCAAUUCACGCCCUUAAUGAGAACGCGUACAAAAACGUGAAGGCCUUGUUGGAGAGCAAAAUGAAGAGGACGUCGAAGAGUAACCUCCCUCUACUGAAUGAUAAAAAUGGUAAGAAAGGGAUUAGUUGUGCUAGCAGUAAUAUGAGCGACAGUAGCAGGGGAAUGGGUUUAGUGAAGAGCAACAGUGAACGUGUGAAUUUUAUCAAUGGUUGUUAUGUUCAUCACAGGCAGAGUGGCGACGAGGAUCCAAAGAAGGGAAGUCAGGUGGACAUGCCUGGCAGUACCCCCAUUAACCUGUUAAACGGAAUCAACACUGUAAGCGGAAUGAACAGCCUGAGUGCAUCUAAUGGAACAAAUCGCACAAGCAAAAAUGAAAGUGUUAACAUCAACCCAGCAGUCAGCCGCAUGGAGGAAAGAAGAAGCGAUAUAAGCGAAGACAUAAUUCGAACCGAAAUGUUAAGAAAGUAUAAGCUGAAGGAAGGCUAUGGCGCCGUCGUGCAGGGAGGAGAUGUGAACCAAAAGGAAGUAAACCAUUUUGUCGAUUUACAUAAGAGUUCCAUUGGAUACAAUCACAUGAGUGAUGGGAAGAAUUACAAAACAGAUACACAGACGAACCGUAGUGGGAAUGCCCCCCUUCCGAAUGAAUACAUUCUAAAUACAGCUAAUCGGAAUGACAAAAUGGACAUAAUAUCGGGCGACGUAAAUUAUAAAAGUAGAAGUGCAUGUUAUGACACCAGUUAUAUGAACAAAAGGAAGGAUAGUAACAAUUUGGUUGACAAAUCGAACGUAGCGGAACAUUUGAAUGAGAGCAUUUUAGGAAUAACAAGUGACGGGAUGAGUGGUGAAGGUGCUCAUGAAUAUAGAAGUGUACCAAGCCGUAGCUCCUUUGGGGGAAGCUCUAAUGGAAAAAAUAAAUUAACCCCAGCUGAUUUGAGAAAGAAUAGGAAAGUGAUUGAUAAAAGGGAAUAUUCUCAUUUGGAUGGUGAAGGAAUGGAUCUUCACCAAAUUAAGGAAAAGGGAAUUGUUGCUUCGAAGAAGGCUAGCCAAGACAGCAAUAACAGCAGCAGUCAUUCGAAUGAGCCUGGGAAGUACCUACUAAAUUUAAUUAAAGGAUCGGCAAAAUCGGACGUGGCAACCGAUCCCAAUAUGGCCAAUAACCAUCGUAAUAGUGCCAGCAGACCUAGUGUUAUGUCAAGCAGUAGUGCGAAACCGUUAAGUGAAAAGGAAAUAUUGUCCAAAUUUUACAGCAAUGAGGAUGGUAAUCAUUCUUUUACUAAAAAUGCGAACCCGGCCCAUACUUCCACGGUGGACAAGAAAAACUCCAUCAAUAAUGAGCAAAGGAACGAUAACUAUAGAAGUGUCAUUCCAAAGGGUGACCGGAAAGUGGAAAAAAACCGAAACAAAAAGAACGUGGAGCAUCUCACUUAUGAUGUCGCUGGUAAGAGCGAUGCACAGGAGGAAUCAGACUUUAACGAGAUGGAGAUGAUGGAAAAGCUGUCGAAGCAUUUGAACAGUUACAACCCCUUCGAGUGA